AUGCGGGAGGGGGUGCUGGAGGACCCCUACGCGGAGUUUUUCAUCACGGAGGUGGAGGAGGCCCCGCGCGCGGGGUGGCCAGCGAAGGAGCCUAAAAGCGUCAUGCGGCUUUUCCCGGAGAUCUCGGCAAAUUUGGACGCCUUCGUGAUGGCGGCGAGCGGCGGGAGAGGAGGGGGGGGCGAGGAGUUUUAUUCCGCCUCCCUAUCGUCCUCGGCGCUCCCCCGCCCCACUGCACAGCAGGAUGUUGUGAGUUUUGAGCGCCGCUUCUCGAUGAACAAGCUUCUUGUGCCUUCUUUCAUUGAAAAGCCGAGUCGAAUUCCCAAAAUGAUUUUCUUCGCGGGAAGGUACUGCUGUCUUCUGCGUGAAAGCAGCCACACGCGACCGAGCUUUGAUAAUUCCGCGGAGGAGGACCUCCGUGAGUGGUCCGGGGUGGAUGCCCUCCAUAGCAAAAUACAGGAAUCCUUCGAAAUCGCCAGCGGGGCGGUGAUUCAGAUGCUUUUUAGUUCCACCGUCGACUUUAUGGGGCACCUCUCCUCGCUGAAGACGUAUUUCCUGCAGGAACGCAGCGAUUGGGUGGCGGAUCUCCUCGAAAACGCGGAGGAUUUACUGCAGAAACCGCCUGAAAAGGUCAAGAUCCACUCACUUCGCGUGCUCCUGCAGUCGGCAAUCGCGCGGAGCAGCGCAGCAGCCUCGGACCCUUACCACUCUACUAUCAGCUGUAAUUUCGCCGAUUCCCUGCUCGAAGAUUGCCUUCAGGCGAGGGCUAAAAGGAAAACGCAGCCGACAUAUCCUUCUCCUUCUGCUUCUCCUUAUAAAAAUAAGCCCCAUAGUCCGGGAUCCUUGUCCAAGGCCAUGAAUUGUAUUCAUUUCUUACAGCUCGAGGCGGACCUUCAGUGGCCGCUCACUUUAGUCCUCGAUGCGCACGUUAUCGAGCGCUUUAAUGGCAUCUUUCGUUUGUUUUUACGCAUGAAAACAUGCGAGCGGAUGUUGGCUUCCUUGUGGUAUACAAACGAAACCCUUUCAAGUUUCGCCACCGCCUACGGUAUCAAGCAUCAGCUCACGCAAUUUUUACGUCAAUAUCUCUUUUAUGCCGCGCAUUUUGUGGUGGAGCCGUUGUGGAGCCGCUUGAUAGGCCGCGUUUCGCAAACCGACAGCGUCUUCUCCAUCACGAACGCGUUGAAUGACUUUUUUGAGGGGGUGGAGCUGGGUUUAGCGAUGGCGAGCCCGCAGAGAUUUUCAAGCUUAUUGCGUAUUCUUGAUAUUUGCCGUCGAUUUUGCGAGUUAGGAGUGUACAGCAGCACAACUACCACUCCGCUAAUUGAAGCUACUCUGCACGCCAUUGAAGAUGACUUUUUGCGGACAUUGUCGGAGCUCGCGGCACCGACUGGGGCGGAUUACACCCAACUUGUACCUUUGCUCACGUGGAUUGAUUUUACUGGAUUCUACGCACGAAACAAUAUUUACCACGUCCUACGCGGCGCAUCUUAUACCGCGUAA